AUGCCGGUUGUGUCGAAAGGUGACGGGAUGCGGGGUCUCGCUGUUUUCAUCUCGGACAUCAGAAACUGCAAAAGCAAAGAAGCGGAAAUAAAGCGAAUCAACAAAGAAUUGGCAAAUAUUCGUUCCAAGUUUAAAGGUGACAAAACAUUGGAUGGCUACAGCAAGAAAAAAUAUAUCUGCAAACUUUUGUUCAUAUUCCUCCUUGGUCAUGACAUUGAUUUUGGUCACAUGGAAGCAGUUAACCUACUUAGUUCGAAUAAAUAUACAGAGAAGCAAAUUGGUUAUCUUUUCAUCUCAGUCUUAGUGAAUUCAAACAGCGAGUUGAUGCAUUUGAUAAACAAUGCCCUUAGAAAUGACCUGGCCAGCCGUAACCCCACCUUCAUGGGCCUGGCCCUACACUGCAUCGCAAAUGUUGGAAGCCAGGAGAUGGCGGAGGCUUUUGCUAGUGAGAUUCCAAAAAUACUAGUUGCUGGUGAUACUAUGGACAGUACAAAACAGAGUGCUGCUCUGUGUCUGCUGAGGUUGUACAGGACAUCUCCAGAUCUGGUGCCAAUGGGAGAAUGGACGUCACGAGUCAUUCACCUUCUGAACGACCAGCACUUGGGAGUUGUAACUGCAGCUACAAGUCUGAUCACCAUACUUGCACAGAAAAAUCCUGAAGAGUUUCAAACCUCUGUGACCGUGGCGAUUUCAAAGUUGAGCCGGAUUGUAUCAUCUGCUUCGGCUGAUCUCCAGGAUUACACUUAUUAUUUUGUGCCAGCUCCUUGGCUUUCGGUGAAGCUUCUGCGACUGCUGCAGUGCUAUCCCCCACCAGAGGAUCCUGCUAUUCGAGGACGUUUAACUGAAUGUCUUGAAACUAUCCUGAACAAGGCCCAGGAGCCACCCAAGUCAAAGAAAGUGCAACAUUCAAAUGUCAAAAAUGCAGUCCUGUUUGAGGCCAUUAGCCUCAUCAUUCACCACGACAGUGAACCGAAUCUCCUUGUCCGUGCCUGUAACCAGCUGGGUCAGUUUCUGCAGCAUCGGGAGACCAAUUUACGAUACCUGGCUCUGGAGAGCAUGUGGCUGCUGGCUAGCUCUGAGUUUUCUCAUGAGGCAGUGAAGGCACAUAUUGAAACAGUCAUCAAUGCACUCAAGACUGAGAGGGAUGUCAGUGUGCGACAGAGGGCAGUGGAUCUCUUGUAUGGGAUGUGUGAUCGCAGCAAUGCCCAUCAGAUCGUGGCAGAGAUGCUGAAUUAUCUGGAGAAUGCUGAUUAUUCCAUUCGUGAAGAAAUUGUAUUGAAAAUAGCAAUCUUGGCUGAGAGGUAUGCGGUGGACUACACCUGGUAUGUUGACACCAUCUUGAACCUGAUCCGAGUCGCUGGUGAUUAUGUUAGUGAGGAGGUGUGGUAUCGUGUCAUUCAGAUUGUUGUCAGUCGUGAUCAUGUACAGGGUUAUGCAGCCAAGACUGUGUUUGAGGGUCUCCAAGCCCCAGCUUGCCAUGAGAACCUUGUGAAAGUGGGUGGAUAUAUCUUGGGAGAGUUUGGAAACUUGAUUGCUGGUGAUCCAAGAUCCAGCCCUUUAAUACAAUUCAGUCUGCUACAUUCCAAGUUUCAUCUGUGCAGUGUGCCCACGAGAGCUCUCCUACUUUCCACUUAUAUCAAGUUUGUGAACCUGUUUCCUGAGAUUAAGUCUACCAUUCAAAGUGUGCUCAACAGUGACAGUCAGUUGAGGAAUUCAGAUGUAGAGCUGCAGCAAAGGGCAGUGGAAUAUCUCAGGCUCAGUUGUAUAGCAAGCACUGAUAUCCUGGCAACUGUGUUGGAGGAGAUGCCACCAUUUCCAGAGAGGGAAUCUUCGAUCCUUAACAAGCUGAAGAAGAAGAAGGAAUCCAGCAGCUUGGCUAAUCUGGAGGUGGUAAAGAAGGAACAGAAUGCUGAUGUUAAUGGCAACUCUGAACUCACAGUGCUCCACCCCAUGCCAACCACAUAUCCAUCAACUGAUCUUCUGGGCCUUGGAUCAGUCCAUUUGGAGAACCCAGACCCCACACAUCCAUCUCGAGGCAGUUUAUUGUUGGAUGUGUUCUCAAAUGUGAGCCCUGGGGUGAUCUCGCAGGUUGCCAGUGCCAAGGACAGUUUUGGAAGGUUCAUUUGCAAAAAUAAUGGCAUCUUAUUUGAGAACCAGCUUUUGCAGAUUGGCGUGAAAUCUGAAUUUAGACAGAAUUUGGGUCGGAUGUAUAUCUUUUAUGGUAACAAGACUUUGGUCAAAUUUGUCGCUUUUACCUCAGUGAUUAUCUACCCGGGAAAUCUUUCAGCCAAACUGAAUAUUCAACUCAAGCCUCUCAACUCCACACUUGAAGGAGGUGCCCAGAUUCAGCAGAUGUUAAACAUUGAGUGUAUCUCUGACUUUGUCGAGGUGCCAAUCCUUAAGAUCCAGUUCAGACAUGAUGGUGUGCUGCAGAACAUCUCUGUUAAUUUGCCUAUCACAGUGAACAAGUUUCUCCAGCCCACAGAAAUGUCGUCUGAGGACUUCUUUCAACGAUGGAAGCAACUAAACAGUUCACAGCAGGAAGUUCAGCAGAUAUUUAAAGCAAAGUAUCUAAUGGAUCCAGACAUGACUAAAGCAAAGCUAUUGGGAUUUGGUGUUGUACUUCUGAAUGGGGUGGAUCCCAAUUUGGCGAAUUUUGUGGGCACUGGAAUUAUUCACACAAGGAACAUCCAGGUUGGAUGUUUACUUCGCUUGGAGCCCAACACUCAGGCUGAGAUGUAUCGUCUCACUGUGCGGACUAGUAAAGAAGCUGUAUCAAAGAGGCUUUGUGAACUACUAUCAGAGCAGUUUUAAUUACCUGACCACUUCAACUCAUUGGGCCAACUUCAGGACUUAGUCUGUUAUGCUAAUACUUAACAGAUUUUAUGUGGAAACUAGUUAUUUUCCUUUAGUAUUAAUUAUGUUUUUUUUCUUAAUGUACCUUCUUUUAUUUCUAAGACAGACACUGAGGGGAAAAAAAAACUUUCUUAAAAGAAUUGAAUAAAUGUUUACUUUUCCAGCUUUCCUGAGCUUCAUUGUUACUGAGGUUGCAUUGGUUAAAGUGGAAAGCGGGACUGUUUCCCAGAAUCUGUGUUCUGUUCAAAGCAAUUGAGUUAUUCUGUUUCACAAUCCACUGUGCCUUUGGUGCCAGUUUCCAAUGCAGCAAAUUGUUUAUUUAUAGGGGUGUAGUCCAGUCCAGAUUAUAGAGAUUUUUUGGAGGUGGAGGGGUGGGGGGAGAUAAAGUGUGUUAAAUUAGGUGAUUGCCCAAGUAGUUUUGAGAUUUCUGAGUGAUGUUUCGUCCAUCUUCAAACUCCUGUACAUGGUAAAUGUAAUUCAUGGUCUUGUUGAUUCAUGUUGCAGAUUUCUUUCGGUUUCCCAUCAACUCAACUUCAGUUACCCCAUUAAUUUAGUAGCAAGUUGAGUGCAGAGCUGAACGUACAGCAUUCCAGUCAAACUCACAAUGAAUCUUUACAGGAAUAACCGAGUUAAUCUGUUCCAAACAGUUGGAGCACUCUGCAGAAUAGGUGCUAAAGCCUGGAGGGAUCCACUGACUGAUGUGGGACAACAAGCUGUAUUUGGGAAGGGGAUUGAGAUCCGAGAACACAAAAGGCUGAGGAGAACUAAUUUGAGGUAAAAAGGUUUUGAUGGUGCCUGUGAACAGUGAUCUCUCUCGAUUGAGAUAAUAAGAACAUUUCAAAGGGAAGGAGUGAGGAUAACAUCCUUUCUGAAAUGAGUUUUGACAAGUGUGAAAUUUAUUUGUUGUGGAGUAGUAAAGAAAAAGAUAUAUCUUUUAGGAUAAAAAUGGAUAAAUAUGCGAAACAAUGGAAGGUGAGAGCUCUAACAUAUAGUGAUGGUUGGGAAGAGGUUAAUUUUGGAUUUGGCAUUGGCAAUAAAUGCUAACUUUGUUUGUAAUGUCACUGAAGUAAGGGUGCAGUAGUGAAGCACCAACAUGAUAGGAUGCCAAAUCUUGUUUGCUAUAAACUGCAAUGACUCUAUUGUUCAAUUACAGUGACAAAUGCCAAAACAAUAGAUUAGUAGAAAAUAGUAUGUGCAGGCAUUAUUGGAACUGUAUUUAUCUUUUCUAAGUAACAUUUUGUUAAACACAGAACAGGUUUGCAUAUUUACAACUGUGUAGGAACUGUGCGUUAGCAAAACGCUGAACUGUUGUUACACUGGCUUCAGAAAUAACACUUCAUAUCGGAAUUAUUGUGUGUCUGAUUCCAAAUGGAUCUGCACUUUCCUCUUGUCCAGGCUGUACCUGAGGAGAAAAAACUCUAGCAGCAACUAGCUGCAGAGUUUUACUUUGAAAAGGCAAAAUGAACUUGUUUUGUUUUAUA